AACUCUACUCGAGACCACAAUUAGGUCGCCGUUUCAACUCAAUGAAACGGCUUCGAAAAUUCACAUCCUCCGAGGCUGAACUUGCUUCUUCCUCUUGAGCUGGUCCAUGUCUCUCAUAUCUCAUCAUUCACGGAUGGGCUCCGGAGGAUGGCUUAUACCCUCUGAAUGAUGGUUAAACAACUUGUUGUAGUGUCGUACACCAUGGCCCACACCUAUUCGAGAACCGACUGCCACACCCUGUACUCCAAUUUGAGAUUCACUUAAUGAAUUAAUGGUCCCGAGGAAGGAAGGAACCCGAUCCUUGAAUCGUUUGAUGAGAUGCGCUUUAUGAAAUCGGGAGUUCACCCCUGUGCAUGUAUAAUUCCGGCCUAUAUACAUUCACAUUUUCCUCGGCUUAUUUGAUACCUCCUCAUCCUCUGCUCUCUUCAUCUUCUCUUUGCUCACUGUCACCUCGUCCUGAGAUGAAAGGGCUGAGUAGUAAACUCGACCCUACAGCAUUCACUGUCGAUGUCUGCGAAGUCUUACCCUCUUCGUCCUCGUCGCCUUCGGUCUCUCCUAAAUCUGCUCUGCCUGGUUUGCCUCCUCCCGUUCCCACAAAAGCCGUAGCGCCACAUUCCACCCUCCGCUCUCAUGCCAGGUCCAAGCGUGAAAAAUGUGACAUAUCGAAGAAUGAGGCCUACGUGCUCGUGGUUUCUGACAUCGACAGCGGCGUCGGCUUUAAGGAGCAUGUCGUUCGAUCGCCGAACGGAUGCGCCGAUGGAUAUCGAGAUACAAUCGUCAGGGCAGAAUGGUUCUUGACGGAGAAUGCGAGGAGAUUGAAGACGAUUUCAGACAGGGGAGUCGUGGUCGACGAGAAUUUCUCUCAGCUCUUGAUCCUGGACGCUACCCACAACGCGAGCCUGGUGGACGAUAUCAGGCACUCGGAGGGGAAGUUUCACUUCUUUCGAGCAGCCGAGAUGAAAUUAAUUGUGACCGCCUCUUUUCCAUUUGACCUCGACACGACCUCCCUCGGUCUCAGUGUGGUACCCAAUAUCACCGAUGAGCUUCGGAAUCGGGUCAUGGACGAGAUGCUCACCUACCGUAACCGAGAUGGAAUCAUCCAGACCUAUUUCGAUCACACACGCCCUCGUAUAGACCCAGUCGUCUGUGCGAACGUCCUCGCCCUCUUUUUCCGAUAUGGCCGUGGUCACGAACAAAAGCUAGCACCAACGGUGAACUGGGUCGAACAAUGUCUAAUACAUUCGGCUUGCACGCACGGAUCACGCUACUACGCCACCGAAGAGCAAUUCUUCUUUUUUAUCGCCCGUCUCCUCAACACCCUCUCUUCAGCUCCCAUGUCCCGCUCGGGACCAAGUGCUACUGCCGCUGCUCAGCUCUAUACACGUCUCGCUCCGCUCCUGCGUACUCGUAUCCUAAACAAAUUCGGUGCCCACGGCGAUGCCCUCUGCAUCGCGAUGCGCAUCUAUGCCGCCGCGAGCGUCGGACUAGUGGACAGUGUUGAUCUAGAGAGGUUGAGGUCGACACAGGAGAAGGACGGGAGCUGGACGGAUAGCUGGUAUUAUAAGUUCCCGAGCGUGGGGCAGAUGGCGGGGAAUGUAGGUGUUACUACAGCUGUUGCAGUCGAGGCGCUGAAGUUAGCGAGGGAGGUGAUGGUUCCGGAGGGCAAUGGGCACACAGGAGAUACUACAGAGUGACGGCUCAGACCGCGUUGGAGUAUAACAUAAAUCUGUAGAUGUUUUAUUCUGUUUUACUUGAUAGUGUUGUCGGAACAAUGGGUCACAUACUUACCAUACUAGUCACUAUAUUGCAAUCGGACAGAGACGACACAAUAAUAAUUC